AUCAAAGAACCAUCCCCAGGCUUGUCUUCAGUGCUGAAACGGAUAGCUUUCCUUGCUGUUGAGUGAUUCGAACGGUGGGGGAAAGUCGUGUGUCUGGACCAGCAGUGCGCUCGCUGCCUCGGCUGUCCACUAAUACGCAUCUUAUGUUUCUUUCUCAUUCGGAAACAGAGUACGGGAAUUGAUCACGCUUUCGUAUCGUGCAUGCCAGAAGACCAGGAUACACUCGCCGGUCAACGGCUGUUUUUAAAAGAUAAAGACAUUUUUUCCUAAUGGUAGCCUACACUAAUCAAACGAAGUCAUGUGGAAUUGUAUGGGGAAUUUGCAUUGCUUCUCAAUAGUAUUUCUGCUGCUGACGUUGUGGACUGAGGUGUCCCAUGCCUCGGGUUAUUUCGAGCUCCAGUUGAUUGCCGUACAGAACGCAAACGGUGAACUGUCGGACGGGGAUUGCUGCGACGGCGAAAGGAACGCUCAAGAUCUCAGCUGCAACCGGGAUGAAUGUGAUACCUACUUUAGAGUGUGUUUAAAGGAAUACCAAACUGAGGUCACGACCACGGGCUUGUGCACCUACGGAACUGGAUCUACUAACGUUAUCGGUGGGAAUACCUUUCAACUCAAGAGCGCCAAGAACAACCAAAACCGUAUCAGUGAUGCUGGAAAGAUUGUCAUUCCAUUCGGGUUCGCUUGGCCGAGGGCGUAUACUCUGAUAGUGGAGGCGUGGGACUGGGAUAAUGGCACACACAGCAACAGCGAUGAGGACCUGUUGAUCGAGCGGAGCGUCCGCAAAGGGAUGAUCAACCCUGGAGACGAGCGGCAGACCAUCCAGCACAACGGGGCCACGGCCGGCUUCGAGUACAGCAUCCGGGUGCGCUGCGACGACAACUACUACGGCAGCAAGUGCAACAAGCAGUGCAGGCCGCGUGACGACUACUUUGGCCACUACGUUUGCGACCAGUUGGGGAACAGAGGCUGCAUGGAGGGCUGGAUGGGGCCCGACUGCAAUAGUGCUAUCUGCAAGCAAGGCUGCAACCUGGUCCACGGAGGCUGCAGCGUCCCUGGAGAGUGCACGUGUAACUAUGGUUGGCAGGGUCUGUUCUGUGACGAGUGCCUGCCCUACCCUGGCUGCGUCCAUGGCACCUGCAACAAGCCCUGGCAGUGUAGCUGUGAGAAGAACUGGGGAGGCCUGCUCUGUAACAAAGACCUGAACUACUGCGGAACGAACCGUCCGUGUAGGAACGGGGGGACGUGUAUGAACACGGAGCCAGACGAGUACCACUGUGCCUGCCCUGACGGCUACUCAGGCAAGAACUGCCAGAUAGCGGAACACGCCUGUGUGUCAAACCCCUGCGCUAACGGGGGAACCUGUCACGAGGUCCCCUCUGGGUUUGAGUGCCACUGUCCCGCCGGUUGGACGGGGCCUACCUGUGCUAAAGACACGGACGAGUGUGCCUCUAACCCCUGUGCCCAAGGUGGCACCUGCAUCGACAUGGAGAACGGUUUUGAAUGCCUGUGCCCUCCGCAGUGGGCAGGGAAGACCUGCCAGAUAGACAUCAACAGCUGUCACGGACAGUGCCAAAACGGAGCCACGUGCAAGGAUGGGCGGAGCGGGUACGUGUGCGUGUGCCCGCCCGGCUACGUGGGCCGGCACUGCGAGGUCCAGAGGAACAGCUGUGCAAGCGACCCGUGCCGGAACGCCGCCAAGUGCCACGUCAUCCCGGACGGGUUCAUGUGCGAGUGCCCGAGCGGGUUUUCCGGAACCACCUGCGAGGUACAGACGACCCCCUGCAGCCCUAACCCCUGCCAGAACAAGGCCCAGUGUCAUAGCCUGAUGGGAGACUUCUACUGUGCCUGUCCAGACGACUACGAAGGAAAGACCUGCUCGGAGCUGAAGGACCACUGCCAGACCAACCCGUGUGAAGUGAUCGACAGCUGUACCGUUGCCGUGGCCACCAACGACACCCAGGAAGGGGUGUGGCACAUAUCGUCCAAUGUGUGUGGCCCCCACGGUCGCUGCAUCAGCCAGCCGGCAGGCAACUUCACCUGCUCCUGUGAUCUGGGCUUCACUGGUCUCUACUGUCACGAGAAUAUCAACGACUGCGUCGCCUCCCCCUGUAAGAAUGGAGGAACCUGCAUCGAUGGCAUCAGCUCCUUCCAGUGCUUCUGCCCUGACGGCUGGGAGGGCCCUCUGUGUGACCUUGACGUGAACGACUGUGUGAGGAACACUUGUAAGAACGGAGGACGCUGUGUGGACCUCCUCAACGACUUCUACUGCCAGUGCACCGACAACUGGAAGGGCAAGACCUGCCACUCGCGUGAGAGCCAGUGUGAUGCCAGCACCUGCAGCAACGGAGGCACCUGCUACGACCACGGCGACUCGUUCCGCUGUGCGUGCCCCUCAGGUUGGAGAGGCAGCACCUGCAACACUGCCAAGAACAGCACGUGUGACUCUGGUCCCUGCGAGAACGGGGGGACCUGUGUGGGAGGCGGGGACACGUACACCUGCAUCUGCAAGGACGGCUGGGAAGGAGCCACCUGCGGACAGAAUGCCAACGAUUGCAACCCUUACCCCUGCUAUAACGGAGGUCUGUGUGUGGACGGAGUGAACUGGUUCCGCUGCGAGUGUGCCCCAGGCUUCGCCGGACCCGACUGCCGGAUCAACAUCGAUGAGUGCCAGUCCUCCCCGUGCGCCUAUGGUUCCACGUGCGUGGACGAGAUCCACGGGUUCCGCUGUGUCUGCCCCCUGGGCCGCUCCGGGCCUCGCUGCCAGGAGUUCAUAGGGAUAGGGAAGGCCUGCCGUCACUCUGGCCUGCAGUUUCCUCAUGGCAGCCGCUGGGAGGAGGAGUGUAACACCUGCCAGUGCGUCAACGGCAACGUGCGCUGCUCCAAGGUGGUGUGUGGCCGGCGGCCCUGCCUGCUGCAGAGAAGCCCCCCAGCCCCGGACAGCGCCCCCUCCUGUCAGGGAGGUCACGAGUGCGUGGAACACCAGUUCCUCACCUGCUUCUCCCCGCCCUGCCACCUGUGGGGCGUGUGCUCCACGCCCGACCCCGCGCCCCCGCUGCACACCCAGUGUGAGCCCAACAGUGGUUACCUGGACAACAGCUGUGCUCGGAUCACCCUGAUCUUCGACAAAGACAAAGUGCCACAAGGCACAACUGUGGAGAACAUGUGUUGGGAGCUGAAGUACCUCCCUGUUACACAGACCCUGGCUAAAGACCGCUCGCUCCUCAUUCUCUGUGACCUGUCCAACUCCAACAGAGAUGCCGUAGAGGUUGCCAUGUCCUAUGAGGACGAUGCCCGUGCACUGGAGGCCAAUCGUGCGGACAUCCAGGAGGCCGCCAGCGGCAUCAUCAGUGCCCUCUCCAAGCGCCACAACAGCACCCUCAUGCUGGCUGUGGUGGAGGUCAAAGUGGAGACGCAGGUCAUGCCCCAGCCUGUCGACUACCUGGUCCCGGUGCUGUGCGUGGUGUUCAGCGUGCUGUGGAUCCUCUGCCUCGUGGUGUGCGUGCGGUGGAGCCGCAAGAGGAAGAAAGAGCGCGAGAGGGCGUCCGCCGCCGAGAACGGCACGGUGAACAAUCAGCUGGAGACGCCGUGGGCCGGCCAGGCGCUGCUCAAGGACAACCGCGACAAGGACGUCCAGUACGAGUGUAAGAAACUCAUGAGCCCCGCAGACAGGAAGUGUGACGGGGCGGACGGGGAGGAGGAGGAGGGGGACGAGGAGGUGGAAGGGCAGGGGAGAGGAGGCCUGGAGCUGGAGAAGGGCCUCUCCCAAAAGUGCCCCGUGCCAGGGGGGCAAGACAAGGGGUUGGGGAAAGGAGAGGUGAUCUGCACCAGCCGCAGCGCCCCGGUCAAAGGCCCCCAUCGGACUGCCUACAGCCCCAAGGACAACCGCUGUAAAAACCUUAAUGCUGCCAACGUCGCGGAGGACGUCAAAGAACAUUACGUAUGAGCGGGACACGUCUGCUUUAAACGUCAAGCACCAGAAGUGAAGAUUACAGAUGCUUUUAUAAACAUUUUAUUAAACUUUUCUUCUUUUUUUCCGUGUCAAUGUCGAGGCUUCUUACUUACAAAAGAAGGGACUUGACGGCUAAGAUAAAACUGCUCCUGAUUUCAGUUGAAAACCACACUGUUGGAAACAAAAAGAGUAAACGCUUUGGCUACUUUCUAUUUUUUAUUUCUUUUACAAACUGUUGUUGUUUUCAAAGGGGAAAGAUCUUUUCCAUAAUGUCAUCUAGAGGAUUCUGUAUCACGUGACUUGAGCACUGCCUUUGGAGGACUAUAGUCAUGGGCCGCUCUCUUCACAUCUGCCUUAACCCACACUCUGGGCCUUUACUAUGCUUUCCUGCCGUAUCGUAAUUUUCUAAGUCAAAAUAUGUAAACAGAUUUUGUAUUUUAAGUCCUUAAACAGCUGACGGAAACCCUACAUGCCACCUGACAGAAACAUUUGUUUACAUCCAUAAACAUGUUUAACCAGGACAUGUAGACACUUGUAAAGACCUAAUGUAUAUCAUGUCAGCAUGUGUUUAAAACUUCCUUGGAGCCUAUGCGGUCAUUUCAGUAUUUGCUUUGGUAGAAAGUGCCUUAAGCCCUACGUUUUAUUUGUUCUUAAAUUUCUUUCAGAGUUAUCCAGAACUUAAAAUUCAUAUAAAGGGAAGUCUGUUCUAACCAACUAUUCAUACCACCAUAAAGGUAUUUCUUUGCUAUGUAUAUAUGUAAAUAUGAAAAUGGCUGUGUAUAUUUGAAUUUAGUAACUUAAGUGACCCUUUGUAUGAUAGUUAUUCUAAAAAGUAAGAAUGUUUGUUCUUUUUUUUAAUGAUGUCAUUCCGUUUAUUUGUGUCCAUUGACACAAGGCAGGUUUUAUACAGAUUAUGGACAAUAUCUAGGGUCCCACUUAGUUCACCAGAGCAUUGACAUAUACACAUUAUAAGUGGUUGUUUUGUGUUAUAUCUUUCUGUUCCAACAUCAAGAGUUUUCUCGGUGAAUGCUGGCUCUCUAUCUCCCAUUCACACUACUACUGUAUGUUAACACUAGAAUGUCCUAUUAGAAUGCAAGGACGGGCCAACACAUGGAAAGGUUGCUUUAGUCUGACACGGGAUCCAAGGAUGCAAGCAGGUUUUGACAAGGGAUGUGGAUGGAUGCUUGUAGACUGUUUCUGAUGAGGAGUGAUGUAACCCGGCCUUGUAAUGGCCCAAAUAAUGCUUAUAAGUUCUGGUCUAAUGAAGGGAACAAGUUAUAUUGUUGUUGAUGUUGCUGUUGUUGUUGUUGUUGUCCAGUGUUUGUACAGAUUCUGUUUCUGCACUAUGACAGAGGAAGAGAACCCAUCUUGCAUUACCUCUGAAGUGGUAGUGAAAAUUAAUCUGGUGUAUCUCUACAGUUUAAUAUUGUUAUUCGUGGACAAAAAUUAUGUUUUCAAUUUGUUUUAAUGAUGCAAAAUAAAGGAUUACAAUAUAACGACCCAUAUCCAUUCAGCAGAUCUUGCUAGCCCAGCACAGUGGGCUGAAUGUGCACAACAUUGUAAUUAUUUUGUACAAAAGAGCAGUUGGCAAAGUCUUGGUUUGUUGGUGAUUUUUUUUGUUUGUUCUUAGAAAAAUCCUACUAUUUAUUAAAGUAUUUUAUACCAA